AUGUCCUCCAUCUACACCCUCAACCUAACCGCCCUCCUCGCCCUCAACGCCGCCCUCUUCUACACCCGCCAAAAAGCCCACCCCACCCCAUCAACAUCAAAACCCUCCCCCAAACCCAACCCCAAACCCCAAAAUGCCUCGCCCCUCCAAUCCCUCCUCACCUCCCCUCUAACCCCCUUCCUAACAGUCUACACCCUCACCAUGACUUCCGACUGGCUCCAAGGACCCUACCUCUACCCCCUCUACACCUCAACCCACCUCCUCUCACCCUCCUCCCUCCCCCCCCUCUUCACAACCGGCUUCCUCUCGGGCGCCAUCUCGGGCUCCUUCAUCGGCUCCCUAGCCGACACCUACGGCCGCAAGAAAGCCUGCCUCGCCUUCUGCCUCAUCUACGCCCUUUCCUGUCUCUUAACAAUCAUCUCCCCUUCUUUACCAGUCCUCUUUCUCGGGAGGGUACUAGGAGGGCUAGGAACAAGUCUCUUGUUCACCGUCUUUGAAAGUUUCUUGGUUUCGGAUUUUAAAAACAGGGGGUUGGAGGGGAGGUUAGGCGAGACGUUUGGGGUGAUGAGCACGUUGAAUAGUAUGGUGGCGAUAGCGAGCGGGAUCGGGGGAGAGUGGCUUGUGGCGGGGACGGGGACGAAUAAAGCGCCGUUUUGGCUGGCGGCGGGGGUGUUGAUGGUUGCGGGAGGGGUGAUGAAGAUGACUUGGAAGGAGAACUAUGCCCUGAACGAGGGGCCAGAUAAAAAGAGAGAUGAAGAAGCCAAGGAAGAGAAGUCGUUGUUCAAGACGCUGUCUGACCCGAAGAUACUGGCUCUGGGGCUGUCGACUACCGUGUUUGAAGGGUCGAUGUAUCUGUUUGUCUUCUUCUGGGCUCCCGCGUUGCAGUCGUCCUCCUCCUCCUCCUCUUCAUCAGGGACGUCACUGCCUUAUGGUGUCAUUUUCGCGGCGUUUAUGGCUUCGACGCUGGCGUCUUCAUUGAUCUUUGGCAAGAUCACAGAGAGACUGCCGUUUGGCUCGCUGUUGUCCUCCCUUUUAGGGGUGUCAUCGCUUUGCUUUUUCUUAGCGGCGUCGUACACGUCCUCUUCGCAGUUCACCUUCUGGGUGUUUUGUCUGUUUGAGGCUUGCGUGGGGAUGUAUUUCCCUACUAUGGGGUUUUUAAAGGGGAAGUUGAUCGAUGAUGGGGUAAGGAGCCAGGUGUACGGGUUUCUGAGGAUACCGCUCAACGUUUUUGUGGUGGUGGCUUUGCUGGUUACGGGGAGGAUGGAGAGCGACAAGGCGUUUGUGGGGGUGUUUCGGGUGUGCUCUGGCUUGCUUUUGCUGGCGGCGGGAGGGUUCUGGGGGUUGGUGGUGAGGAAAAGCGGAGGUGAUGUGCAGGUAGAGUGA